GCAUUGAACGCCUUUCUGUAUUUAUUGACUUCAGGUGCUUUACCCGAGCCAGCGCGUGAAGUCGGCCAUCAUUGCAUACAAAGAGAACACCGUGCAAGAGAUUUUGUCGGUUGCCUCAAAACUACCGAGCGACGAAGUACUUCAGUUACUUUUGAGAGGUGAGCAGUUUGUGCGGCCACUUUUGCCAGAUGUUGCUGCCAAGAGGAAGCUCUCUUCCUUGCUACUCCUUCGAGGUAAGCUGCAAGGGAAUCGCAGCGAAGUCAACAACAACUGGUGCCUAUGCUUUUGGAGGUUAGAGACACUUCGCAACUUCAGGAGUUGUUGGUAGACAUGGACGAAAAAGAAGUUCUGUGGCUUCUUCGCCAACUAGAUGAGGGUAUGAUCAAAUCCUUGACUGUGACAGGCCCCCACAAGAUCUUGGUCUGCAAGGAGCUUGCUCGCAGAAUCGCAAGCUCCACAGUUGCAGAUGAGCAAGGUAAGAGCUUGAAUUACCUGUGGGAUAUCCUUCACGAACAUCAGGCAACAGAUGCGCAAGAAUCCUGGGUGAAAGCAGCAUCUUUGGUGCUGGCAGCUUUCAGCCGCAUGUUGACAGUGCAACUGGAACGGCCUGACGUCAAACUGCUCCGCCAUGCUUGCGGUUUCCUGAGUACCCAAGAGGUUGCCGCCACGUAUGCAAAGAAUUUUUUUCGACUCUGACC